AACCCAACUAUAAAUCCCAACACUCACUCUAAACUCACCAUUCACUUCAACUGCUAGUCUCUGUUGUUCACUUUCAGUAUGAAGCUCUCAUCAGCUACUUUGGUUCUCAUUCUCCUCCUCAUUACUACUUUUCUCCAGGCAGCCAUGGCAGGUUCAGGCUUUUGCAGUGGGAAAUGUAAGGUGAGAUGCUCCAAGGCCAGCAUCAAAGAUAGAUGCCUCAAGUACUGCAACAUAUGCUGCAAGGAGUGCAAGUGUGUGCCUUCCGGGACUUAUGGAAACAAAGACCAGUGCCCUUGUUAUAGGGACAAGGUUGUCAAGGGCAGCAAAAAGCCCAAGUGCCCUUAAAUCUCCUAUUGUUCUUCAGCUUUGCACUAGUUAGUGUGAGACUAUGAAAAUAUCAAAAUAAAUGUCAUGCCAUGUAAUCUAUUGCAUCCCUUCCACAUUGCAUCUAUAUCCACCUCCUCCAUUUGGGCAUUUCUAUCAUUCUAGCCAAUGUGUUUAAUUUGAAUGAAUAUAAUAAAGGGUACUAUUCCUAAGCUGA